AUGACACACUCGUCUUCCCGGAACCGUGUACGGCCAGUAGCGGCUGGCCCUUCCCGCGAGGUGGCGGGAAACGUAACGUACAUCCGCAAUGAAACGCCACCGUCGUUUCGCGUUCCCCCCAACGGGGCCACCUCGGUGAGUCACGAAACCUUUGCGGGCAACGGCAGCAUCGCACGCCGUGCUGCUGAGACAUGGGAGUGGCUGAAGCAGAUGCGUAAGGAGGUGCGGCAGGCAAAACGAAAGAGCAAGAAGGAGGAGAAAAGCGCGUCACUGUUGUGUUCGGUUUUGCGUGCGAGCAGUGCGGUGCUGACGGAUAGGGCUGCCACUCGGCCUUCCUCGCUCGCUGACUCUCGCCGUUUUCGCUUUGCACUGUACUCUUUUCUGGAUGGAACCCCAUUUCUGACACCGCAGUCUCUUUGCCGCUACAAUACGGCCCUUGCCGAGGCUUUGAAUGACGACCAGCUGGAACUGAUUCGUUGCCACGUCUUUAACUACGAUGAGGUGGCCUUCGCGGAUCUUUUGUACGCUGACGUGGUGGCAGAAUCACUAGAGCAACGCGUGCCUCACGUCGGCGACGAGUUGGUACCCGAUGUUGUGCGGCGCUUUAACGAGAGCUCGCGG